AUGCGUUGUAAGAAGCUGAACACAACACUCACUCAACAUGCAACAUUAGACAAUUCAGGAAACAACAACACUCAAACAUUAGACAACACUCAGGAAUCAACAUUAGACAAUACUCAGGAAACAGACAACACUCAGGAAACAUUAGACAACACUCAGGAAUCAUCAGACAACACCCAGGCAACAUUAGACAAUACUCAGGAAACAGACAACACUCGGGAAACAUUAGACAACACUCAGGAAUCAUCAGACAACACCCAGGCAACAUUAGACAAUACUCAGGAAACAGACAACACUCGGGAAACAUUAGACAACACUCAGGAAUCAUCAGACAACACCCAGGCAACAUUAGACAAUACUCAGAAAACAGACAACACUCGGGAAACAUUAGACAACACUCAGGAAUCAUCAGACAACACCCAGGCAACAUUAGACAACACUCAGGAAAUAUUAGACAACACUCAAGAAACAGACAACACUCAGGAAGCAUCAAACAGCACUCUGGAAACAUUAGACAACACUCUCAAACAACAUCGACAACACUCAGACGGCAUUAGACAACACUCGGAAAACAUUAGACAACACUCGGGAAACAUUAGACAACACUCGGGAAACAUUAGACAACACUCAGGAAACAGACAACACUCAGGAAGCAUCAACCAGCACUCUGGAAACAUUAGACAACACUCAAGCAACAUAAAACAACAUUCAGACAACAUCGACAACACUCAGACGGCAUUAGACAACACUCAGAAAACAUUAGACAACACUCGGGAAACAUUAGACAACACUCAGGAAACAUCAAACAACACCCAGACAACAUUAGACAAUACUCAGGAAACAGAAAACAUUCUGGAAACAUUAGACAACACUCAAACAACAUUAGACAACACCCAGGCAACAUUAGACAACACUCAAGCAACAUUAGACAACACUCAGGAAACAUUAGACAACACUCAGGAAAUAUUAGACAACACUCAGGAAACAGACAACACUCAGGAAGCAUCAACCAGCACUCUGGAAACAUUAGACAACACUCAAACAACAUUCAGACAACAUCGACAACACUCAGACGGCAUUAGACAACACUCAGAAAACAUAAGACAACACUCGGGAAACAUUAGACAACACUCGGGAAACAUUAGACAACUCUUAGGAAGCAGACAACACUCGGAAAACAUUAGACAACACUCAGAAAACAUUAAACAACACUCAGGAAACAGACAACAUUCAGACAACUUUAAACAACAUUAA